GCUCUAGGAAGGAAUCAAAAUGAAGGAAACGGCGGGGAAAGUGAAGCGCUCAUAAGUGAGUUGGAAGCUGCGGGGAGAAGAAAGGGUUGGGGCUUAUUUGCCUCUGAAGACAAGUUAGGUUCAUUCCAGGGAUGAUCCUUCGUGUGGGCCUGUGUCCUGGCUUCUCGGAUGAAAUGGUGCAGGUGCUAAAAGCCAAUGGCAUCAAAACAGUGGUUGAUCUUGUCUCAUCGGAUCUGGAGGACAUUGCCCAGAAGAAUUCCUUAUCAUACAAGACCUUAGUUGCGGUACGACGUGUAUUGCUGGCACAGUUUUCCUCCUUCCCAGUCAAUGGGGCAGAUCUCUAUGAAGAAUUGAAGCACACCACAGCAAUCUUGUCUACUGGAAUUGAAAGCUUGGACAAACUUCUUGACUCUGGUAUAUACACGGGGGAAGUGACAGAACUUGUUGGAGCACCCAGUGCUGGAAAAACUCAGGUGUGCCUCAUUGUAGCUGCAAAUGUAUCCCAUAAUCUCAAGCAGACUGUCCUGUACAUUGACUCAACUGGAGGCUUCACCAGUGCCCGUCUACUGGAGUUACUGAAUUGCUUAACUGAGGAUGAGGAAGAGCAGGCUGAGGCAUUGCGGAGAAUCCAGGUUUUUCGUGCAUUUGAUGCCUACAAAAUACUUGAUGUGCUGCAGGAAGUCCACAGUUAUAUGUCCCAGCAGAUUCUCAGCACCUCUGGACCAGUGAAGCUGCUUAUUGUGGAUUCUGUUUCUGCUGUAAUCUGCCCUUUCUUGGGACUUCGGCAGCCUGAUGGCAUGGCCCUCAUGAUGCAUUUGGCUAGGGAGAUGAAAACCCUUGCCAAAGAAUUUGGGAUCGCCAUAUUGUUGACCAAUCAUGUGACUAGAGCUGCUGCUGCUGGUGGUUUUAAACCAGCAUUGGGUCGCUCAUGGAGUUUCAUACCUAACACUCGGCUGCUGCUGGAGAAGAGAAAAGUCAAUUCUGAGAAAGAAGGUCGAGUUGCUUCUUUGAUGAAAUCUUCUCGACAGGCUUUUGGAGUUCAGGCAGAACUAGACCUGAGGAACUGGGAAGUGAAAAAGGGAAAUCCGGUCAGAUCAGGAGAAGGACUAAAUGAUGGCAGGAGUGUGUCUUCCUGAUUCACUUCCAAGGCUUUCCUGAAGAUUGCAGAAAGUCUGAAAAUGAAAAAAAAAAGCAAUUUGGUUUUUAGAAGAACAAAGAAUAAAAAUCAAUAUCAGCCUUCUCCUGACAGAAUCUGCCUCACGGAUUUAUUGGAUGUCAGCUCCCGGAAUCCUGAAAGAACACGACCUACAAUCAGGGAUGAUCUGAAGUCAAAAACUUUUGGUGGACACAGUUUCUUUGGUUGGGACAUCAUAUUGUACUGGUUAAUUGAGGAAAUGUGCAUUGGAUUAACUGAAGUCAAGGGUCACUCUUCAGCAAUUGCAAUUUUUGUAGAUAAAUGUACAGCUUGUCAUUAGUAAAGGGAUAUUGAAUGGAGUUGUUUAUCCGAAGGAGCUUCCAUAUUUUUCCCUGUAUUACUAGGGUGUCUUGACAUCCUGAUUUUUGCUUUGUGAAAUGGACAGGAAACAUAGGUACCAGUGAUGGUAUUCUACUGGUUUGGUCUGGUUCGGGCGAACCGGUAGU